ACUGAAGGAGCAGGUGUGGGAUUUUGGAUAUCCGGGGCUCUUGCUGUCUGUCGUCUCUCUGUCUGUCAUCUCGCUGUCGUGCAGAUGUCAGGGUGGCAAGAUGUGGAACACCCCUGAACUCUCUGGCUUUAGGCUAGUCUUUUGUUUCCCUUGCUGGUUUCAUUGGACUGCGCUCAGGUUAUUUGUCUUCAUUAUAAUCCUGAUUUUAACUGUCCUUAGUUCACGUGUGAAACAUAGGGUCAGUGGCUCCUCCUAUCCUGUUUUUCAAAUGUAUGUAGAGGGUCUGUUCUUUAGUUUCUGUUAGAGAUCUUUGGUUAUACUAUUCAUGAAUCUAGACUGUCGAGAGUUUACCGCUAAAAAAAACCCUCAUAGGUGUAUCUUGGACACGUGAGGAGGGAGAGAGGCUGCUGCUCUUUAGGUGGCAUCCUGAAGCUCAGAUAAAUUCUAGUGAUGCACUAGAGUGUAACCAGUCCAAGAAGAAUAAUCUACAAACAGACUGAGGUAAGUUUUUUGGCUCAGAGGCUUUCAGUCCUCCUUUGUUAUGCCUUCAGCUGUUGGUUUCAGAAUGUUUUGAGUUUGCAUGGAGUCCGGCAAUCUGUUAGUGUAUAGCCGGAAAGAAAAAGUAUUCCAGUCUUUACAGAUGAAGCAGCUGAGUCGGGAAAGAUAGAUGACUUAUCUCCUAGGAAAUGCGGCAUUUCUGUGCCAGACCUGGGAACGAAACCCAGGAAUUCAGAUUCCUGGGUUGUAAAUGGAAGGUGAUAUGAUUUUCACAAGUCGGUUGUGCAGAAGCUGGACAGGACUUUGGGCAGUUUGCUGUUGACAAGUGUAGAGGAAUUGAAAUUACAGUGCAGGACACAUCUGUUCCUUUUUAGGACAUAUCUCAUCCUUUCAGAGCCAUAAUCUAAUAAGCCUUGGCAACAAUUACUGGAGUAUAAACUAUUCAGCCUUCACCAGCAAAGUGUCUGAGGGUUUCCCACAUGAUUCCUGGUUUGCCUCUGUUGCUUAGUGUCCUCUGUAGCAUAAUUUUCCUGGGGGCAUGAAUUCUGGUAGGAGCUAUAAAAUAGGACUGGUUAGUGACUGUUCUCAUUGUUCCCAUAGGCUGUCCUUGAAAUUAGUUAUAAGGAGAUCCGGAUAGAAUGUCACAAACUGGUAAAACAUCUUUGCAUCUGCGAUUCUUCCUACUGUUCGUCUCUGAGGGCAGAUGUGGUCUUGGUGCUGGAGGAGGAAGCAAACUUGCCAGCUGAAGUGCCAGGCAGAAAAAUGCAUCUGUACUCCUCUGAUUCCCCAUUCCCUCCACCUACUUUUACUGCUGCUUUCAUCUUUCUGCUAUUCACAGACCAAGUUAAACAUGUUUUCCCCAACAUCUGGCAAAGUCUCCAUGUCUCUUUACCAAGAGCUCUAUCUCCUCCAUGAGACUCAUUUCUGAUGAGACUCACCUGUGACUUCAUUACCGGUUAUCAUGUCAACCUCCCUUUUUAUACUUCACUCUUUUCCAGUAUUUGAGUUCAGCAUCUAGGGAAGUCUGAACUGUUUCAAUUCCUUUGUGAUUUUUACUGCUCAUGACAAGAUUGGCCGUGCAGUCAGUUUUGGAACUCCUGUCCCUUUUUAUGUUUUAUUCCAUUACCGCUUGUUCUCAUUGCCAGUCCUUCGCAGAAAAGAAAUAAUGUCCAAUUUCAUUGGUGAGCUGGUGAAAGAACAAUAGGAAUUCGUGAGAGUAAAAGGAUUUGUGAGUUAAAGAAAUACAAACAUAACUAAAAUCAUGUUUAUGUCUGCCUGAUUGUUGAGCUCUGCAACUUAAAAUAUGAAAUAAACCAGUAAAGCAAAUGUGUACAGACGAGACUUUCAAACUCAAAAUCUUAUUAGCGCAAAUUGCACCCUGCAUCUCAGAUGACAUGUGUCCUGAUUCUCAUACCUGACAUACUAUGGAAGAUUUAAUAAGAUAGUUGUGCAAAUGUGAAUCCAAAAAUGCAUGGUGCUAAGUUUUCAAAUAGCCAAGAGAUGCAGCUGGUUCAUUCUGUGUCCAAGUGCCAUGUUUGUAGAAAGCUGCUUCUCUCUGUUGUGUAGCACAGUAUUAUCCUUUUAAUGAUUCUGAACUCUUUUUCCAUCUGGUUUUAUAGUUUUUUGGUAUUUUUUUCCCCCUAAAGUCUCCUCUUUUGAUUUCCCUAUAUUAGAAGUACUUUGGCUUUUUGACCAGUCUAGGGACUGAUGCAGGCCCUGAGCAUUUCUGCUCAGGGUUUCCUGUUUCUACAUGUUCUGUGGGGUGUGAAGGGUAUCAAAAAUUGUCAGUUGCGUAACAGUAAAAGUGGAAGAUAAUUUAGUUCAGCUUAAUUAGGGAACUGAGAACUGAGAGCAGGUGCGGAGUAAAGCAAUGACCAGUGUUGUUUCCAUGACAGGCUUUCAAAUUUAGAAAUAACUCAGAAAAGUCCCCUUAUCGUAUUCCACUCAUUCACUUCUGCCUCACUCCCAAAUGCAUUAUCCUCUAGCACAAGCAGAGGCCUCUCCUUAAGUUUAUUGUGGGAUGUCUUGUACAGCGGAAGCUGAGAGGGGGAAGAAGUGGGUAGAGUAUGAAGGAGUACCAAGAGUAUCUGAUAAAUCUGGUAGUGCAGUUCAUAGCAUCAUGUAAAUUUACAGGCUGUACUGCUUUAGCAUCCUAAACUUAAAUUCCAGUGUAAACAGGCUUGUCUUGAAUAGCUGCAUUUUUGCUUUGCAUUUAACUAACACUAAGCAGCAGUAUUUCUAGGAUGGAUAUUGCACUUGCAGUUCUGUGAAGAAAUGUGGUGUGUUCGUUAUUCACUUUACAGUUCCACUGUAUCCAGUUCAUUGUGAGCUAGUCCCAUCUCGCUAUGAGAGCAUAGCUAGGGUGAUGUUGAGCAUGAAUUCACACUGACUCCACAGUCUUGGAAAAUAAAGCAGAAAUCAAGUUAGUACCCUUUUAACAUUAGAGGCUUAGGGGUAAGGCCUGUGAGAAGAGGGGAGUGUGUGGGCAGAGGGACUGUGGUGCUGCUGCCUCUUUAAGGCUUAUUUUGUGAGUAGGGGUGUAGACAAGGGACUGAUAUGAGAGACGUUAUUUGAAUAUUUAUGAGCUGGAGGAGAGUUUGGCAGAAAAGGACAAUCUCUGCCACUUUAAAAACUUAAAAAAUCGGUGUGUGGUAUGUCCUCUCUCUUCCUCAGAUCCUGAUCUUGAAGUUUGGUAGACAGCGAGCACACUGAAGCAGAAGAUGGGAGGAAGAUAUUCAAGCCCACUGAGUGGGAAGCAGCGCAGAUAUCUGAGAGGUUGCACAGCUGCCAUGAUGAAGAACUUUUUGCCCUACUACCAGAGGCAGCUUGCAACUGCCUUUCUGCGACAGGUCUCGGAGGAACUGGACCUGCAAGGGAAACUUGCCCUGCAGCUGCUACAGAGCAAGACCCAGAGGGCACCUCAUGUUACUUUGUAUGAUGGAUUGCUCUCUCAGUAUGAUGAAGAUUCCCAAAGGUGGAAGGAGAAUUACUUUGUUCUUCUUGGAGAUUCUACCCUGGAAUGGUUUGAAAGCAAAGAGGCCCUGGGAAAAGGCUGUGAGCCCAGAGGCUCGACUGCUCUGUCUGGCUACCUGUUGUUGACUUCGCUAAGUGAAUACACCAAACUGGUCAGCAGUCUGUGCCAAGGAUUUGCAGGUGGCUGUUCCCAGCAGGGCUGGAAUACCUUAACUGAUCCUCCAGGAGAGUUCUUGUUUUUCCUCUACCAUCCAUUCCGAAGGCACUUUUGUUUCUGCACAAACUCUGCAGAAUCCCAGCAGAUCUGGAAAUCUGCUCUUCAAGAUGGCAUUCGGUAUCACAGUACAGAAUUACAGAGGAGAGGCUCUUUUGAAGCUGAAGCGUUUCUGGAGGCUGUACGAUUUUACAGACAAGAGAGAGGUAGCUACAGGACAGGGGAUCUUCUCCUGGGAGUGGAACCUGAGAUUCUUGGUAAUGUGCUAAUGGAGGAUUUGCUGCCAGUGCUGCGGUCUCAAGUGCUCCCACGUAUCAGAGGGUCAGAACUUCGGAGGAAGCAGCUGUGGCUCCAGUUUCUGCAGGAGGCUUACACACUGAUCCUCAGUCAAGUCUCCAGUGAAUUCAAAGUUUUUCAGAGGGAGAAAGAAAAACUACAAAUUCAGUUGGAGAAGAAAAUCCGCCCAGACCUGGAUCAGAUGCUGACUUUGAAGGAUCAGAUAGCCAGAAAGCUCCAAGCCACAGUGCAAAGCCCAGCAGAAUCGUGCUGUUGCCAGGGAGUGGAGCCUGACCUGGACUGCGUGAUGGAGGAACUCAUGCGUCCGAUCAGCUCAGGAGCUGAGAUGGUACGCUCGCUCUUUGCUCAGAGAGUUGAUGAGAUGGUCAGAACUGUACGGAACUCUCCUAUUGCAGUCUUGCAAAAAGAGCUUCUGACACUUGGGAGAACGUCUUGGAUGCCUGAAAUCAUGCAACCGUGUUAUGAGAAGGCUGAUGUUUAUAAAGAAAGUCUGCAGGGACUUGAGAGGUUUGGCUUUCACAGUGUGACAAGCUUGGUCCUCGGAGCUCAGAACCUCAUGCAGCAACUAAUGCAGAAUUCCAUCUAUACCUUCCAGCAGCUUUCAGAACAACGCCUCAGCCAGGCAACUAACCGUAACCAAGUCAUCCAAAUGCUGGAAAAUGUCAAAGAUCGUGUGCUAAAGAAAUUUGACUAUGACAGCAGUUCUACCCGGAAGCAGUUUGCUCAGGAGUGGUUGGUUCAGAUUUUUCUUCCUUUUCUGCUGAAGCAUUUGGAGUCCAGGUGUAAACUGGAGCUGCCAAAAUAUGAAAGUUACGUGUUUGCUGAUUUCAGUGGCAUCAUAAAUGUGGAAAAUAUUUAUGAAGAAAUGGUUCUGGCUGUAUUGCUGAAAGCCAUUAGCAAAGCCCUGAAAGAGGCCUCAGGUCGUAACAAACAUAAUCUUUACAGUGACAGUUUCUUCUGUGUUCUGGAAAGCGUGGACAACCUGCUCCACGAAGCGACAGCCCGGGAACUCUCUGAAAUAAGAAUGGGAGCAUUGAGUAGCAAUAGUGCCUUGGACACUGUAAAUUUUCCCACCUGCCAAGUCAAUAAAUCAGCCUCAGGUGAGAAAAUAUGGUAAGGUACA